AGUCCCACACCAAAAGGUCGAAUGACCUCGUGAAAGGCAGAUCCCAUGAAUGCCAGUCAACUCUUCUGAUGUUCUAGUGAGCAGGAAGAUGAAGAAGCAGAAAGCCCUGCUUUUGCUGUUGACCCAAUAGCAAAGUUGAGAGUUUUAGGGUUCAGAUCUCUGUCACCGACAUCCCAAAUUUCCCUAUCUCGAGCUGUGUGUGUGUGUGUGUGUCUGUGCUUUUGGUGCGUGGUGGUUGUAGUCCAAGUUGAUCAAUUGCUUCAGGGGUGCGAUUCUAGGGUUGGAAUCAUGACGGAGUGGGGAAGGAUUGGUGGUGAAAGAGGCUGGCGCGAGAGGGUGCGCGGGCGCACGGGGAGAUGGCGUAGGGGCUUGAGAGACACCGUUGCCCGGGGCAUGGGUAGCUCCUGCGGCGCCUUAGUGUCGCCAGCGUCGUAGAAGCCAGAGAUUAAUGCGUCAAAUUUGACGACUCAAACCUCGGCAUCCUUGUCUGCGUUGCCCACAAGUGAGCACUUGAAUGCGUGUGGUUUGAUUUUCAGUCGAUUGAAAUGGGGCGUGUUUGAGGCUGUCGUUGGGAUACAUGAGAGAUGGUGAUGAGGGUGAGGGCAAGAGGAGAUUUAGUAUUUGUAUGGCUCUAGGGUUGGAGCCUUUGGAAUUCAUGGGUUGCAGUGUGAAGUGCGAAAACCCUACAUCUUACGCUGUGCCAUGAAACACACACGUUCUUUGAGGUUACCAUGUUGUGGGCGUGAAGUUGAAGGUGCAAUUUUGAUGAAUCGCAGUCCCAAAGCUACCAUAGAAUGUUUUUGGUGGUUUACCGCCAGGAUUGUGUGCGGUUUCAUGAAGUUGAUGGUAGUGUGUAGUAAGCAGGGGGUCAACGAGAUGCCUUGGCCAUCAAGUUUAGAAAGAUGGAGUGUCUUAUUUGAUCUAUUUAAGCCAUUUUCCCUACUCGUUGUUCAGAAAGAUCUUGCUUUGACAAGACAAAGUUCAUGUUUCCCAAUCCACUCAGAGAACAAGUGUGCGAUUGUUGCCGAUGUGUUGGUUCAUUGUUCUAUCGGAUUUUCUAAAGGUAUAGCAAAGGACCUCACAUUUCUUCGCAAGGUAGAGCGCUCUCCUGUAAUUUCAACGGAAUCACAAUUGUAGGUGCAGACAAGAGCCUAAGGACGGGCUGCAAGCAUGUCGUGGCGGGACGAGAAGGCGGAUCACCUGCAGAAGAGCAGGGACUUCUCCCUCUUUCACGACGACGACGCCUGGGGUUCCAGAGAUAUUCAGAGAAAAAAGGGGAAGGACGAUGGGGUUUCCGAAAAUCAAGAAGCACGUGAUCGGUUACUUCGGCUGAAAGCUCUUCAGAAGCAGAGAGCCAACAAGCAAAAGGAGCAAUAUGUUGAGAGUCCGUCCCCCGAGCGAGGUAAUCGUUAUGAGCGGCAGGAUUUGGAGAGGAACCCAAGGCCGAGCGGGAGUAAUCGGCCGCCUGCGAAGGACAAUUUCGGUUCGUUUUUCGGGAAGGUGGAGAAGGUGGUGGCGGAGCGGGUGGUGGAUGAGAAGCGAGCGCGUGAAAUAGCUGCUCGCGAAGCACGAAUUGCCGAGGCUGAGAAAGCAGCGAAAGUUCGGGCCAACAGCAGAAAUGGUUUAUGAGACCUCCGAGCAACGAUUCUAUAAGUAAACCUGCAGCUAAAUUGAAGCCUGUGAAACCGGCGGCAGUGAAAGCUCAGAAAUUGAAGGUCAAACGAGACUAUUCGUUUCUAUUCCCGGAUAACAUCCGAGCAAACCUGGGGGCGCUGAUGAUCGGGAUUCUCGAGCAGAGCUCAGCAAGGUGUCUAGAGACGGGAGGGGUUCCGCAGAGGAUUUGACGAAACAUAUGAGCGUGGGUACUUUUGCUCGGAAACCGAGAGCAGCCAGCAAUAGUGCUGUGCGGCCUGGGUCGGGUCAGGUUCUCAAAGCAAGUGCAAGUAUAACCAGGUAUGACGGUGAAAAGAGUGUGGGGAGAAACGUGGCACCGCUUCGGGUAGGACUUGCGAGCAAGAGUGGGUUGGAUGAGAGACCGCCAUAUCGAGGAGUGCCAUCGAAGUUGCUUGUAUCCUCCGAUAGGUCAAAGAGCGAUGGGCAAGAGAGGGCAAAGUCGGUAGGUCCGAAAGUCACAAACCACGAAAGAGCUGUGCCACAGAAUUCUUGGUCAAUGAAACAGUUAUUGUUAACGAAGGCGAUGCAGACAUCAGUUCAAAGGACAUCCCAAUCCGGGAACGGAACCGUCCGAGAGAAAAUGGUACAGAAGUCUACAAUGAAGAGUUGGGCGUUACAGUCGGUCCAGGAAGGCAAUGGGAGCGAUACAUCGAGGAUGAAGAAAAACAUCGGGGAGGCAGGAAAGAAGGUGGGGACAGGGGUGAUGUGGGACGAUGGGAGAAGAGUGGAGAGGUCAAAACAUGGAGUCCCACCCUCGGAAAGCGAGAUGACAGGACUGGUGGCUGGAGGACCUCGAUCUGGAGCAUCAGGUGGAGGUAGAAUAGCCCCGGCGAGCGUAAAUGGAUUGAAGCGGAAACGAAACGACUGCGAGGAUAGGAGGAAAGCCAUCGGUGCUCCGCCGAGGGGGCCUGUUACGGACGAGGCCACGAGGAGGAAACCCGUAGGAAACGAGUGUAUAGAGAGGAAAUCAAGCGACGAGCUGAGGAGGAGGAAGAAAUUAAGCGAAGAACCGAUGGAGAGCAAGCCAGCAGCUGCAAAGGAAAAGAAGAGACCUUGGGAGCCGGAGUCCGACUAUGAGUCGGACAGCGAUGACGGAGGCGGUGUUCGAGCAUCGGGGUAUUCCAGCAUUAUACAGAAGCUGUUUCGGUAUAAUCCUAACAAGUACAAGGAUUUGGACGACGAAGACGUUAAGAACAUGGAGGCGAGUUUCCGGCAUAUACAGGUGGAGGAGUAGCGGAGCGCGCGACUGGGACGAGAGGAGGACGAGCUGGAGCAGGAGUUGAUAGAGGAAGAGGAGCGGCAGGAGCGGCUGCGCAGGCGUAAGAGACAGAAGUCUUAAUGAAGGUCUAGAAUGGAUGUGAAAGAGAUGGGUGUGCCGAGUCUCAGCGGGCUUUCGAUUUGACAUACCAUACAUCAUCUGAGACGUAGUAUUUUGAUUUAACCUGACGAAGUGGGUUUCUUUACGAUGAUGGCGUUGUAUUUUUUGAUCUUUAACUGAUGGAUUGCGAAGAACAAAAAUUGAUAACUGAUGAACAAACCAAGUUGUACACUGGCGUUGGAGAGGCGUUUAGUGGUGGAGACACGUGAUUGUGCACAUCUGCAGCUUUGGAAGGACCAGUAUUAGAUGGUGAUAUGUUCUUGCUAUGGUGAGUGGCAAACUGGAUGCCGGAAGGUGUCGGCAGAGUUCAGUUCAGAAACGUCGAGCUGGGUUGUCACCGUUAUAGGUGGAGGAGCUCCGUUACGAACACAUGGUGUGGUCUUUAACAUUGGUGUGUUGAAAUCUUUAGCACAUGGGGAUCGAAUGAAACGUUGCCCAUGUGUAGCGCCUCGCUACUGACGAUUGAGAUUUUGUGGAGUUUCUUUGUGGGACAGGCAAAAAGAGGGAGCUGUUCCUAUGCGUGGAAAUUUUUCAGUUCUGAUAGCUUAAUUGACUCUCUUUUUUUUAUUCUUUUUUUUAUUCUUUUUAUCAUUUCCAUAGCGUAUUUCAUUAGUUUGAACAAGAAAGAGAUCAUUACUGUCGGCUGCAAGUGGUUCAGUUCGUAGAUGUUAGCCCUUUGUGUCCGUGUUCCUCUCAAAAAGUGCAAUAUCUCUUGUAGACAAUUCGUAUAUUGCCAUUACGGAAGUUAUGGUAGAUGUUCAGUUAUAAACAAACGAUUGGCGGGUAAAUAGACGGGGGUCGGUGUCUCUAAAAUGUAGCGUACACGCCUAUGUUUCAAUGCCAAUCGUUUCCAAUCUGAUAACUAGGACACCUCCAAUCUUAAGUGGGGGACUGUCAAUUGACAUUGCAACUCAUCAAAACAGGCAGCAAUUUCAAUGUAGGAACCAGAGAAACUGGCUCGACAUACUUGUAGCUAUCCGGCUUCGAUGCUGUUGAGAGCAUUCUUGAACGUGCUUGAAAUGAGAUAGCUUGUAAAAUUAAUCCUUAAGACUGAAUAUGUUUAUUCA